GCCGGCAUCUACAACAAAGUCUCUGGCAGUGUCUUCCACUUGUGUCUCUGCACCCAAUGUUCUAUCAAAUCUUGCCGUUGCGCAACGUCAUCUUGCGUCAACAUGCGAUCUCUGAUGUGUUUCUCCAGCUGUGACAGCUGUUGCGCGCAAGAAGCUGAGAGAAGGAAAUCCCCAUCUUUGCAGGCAAUUGGGAGCGAAGUUGAAGAGCACGGGUCAAUACACCAUAGAGCUCAAGUCUCGCCACACACCGUUCAGUCAGAUGUGAUUUGUUGAUGUAAUUCGCAGCAACCAGGCAACACGGAUUGAAAAUUGUCGAAUAACCUGCCACAAUACUCUAUCAAACCCACUCAAACUUGAUUGUACAUCGUUCCGCAAUGUCAGCCAAAACCUACACCGGCCCCUCGGUCCCAGACAUGGUCCGCGACAAGACACUCGCAGCCAACAUCAUCAAAUUCCACAACCACCCCACCAGUGACAGUAUACUUGACGGGGAGAAUCUCAGUCUACUGCAACGGUUCGUUGAGGAACCGAGCAAGCGCGAGCAAGUUUUGAGAGAUGAGGGGAUCGAGCCUGAAGAGUCACUGAAGGGAAAGCAGGCCAGUCUGGUGGCGUAUGCGGUCUGGGCACAUGGAAGAGAGGAAAUGAAUGGUGGUAUCUUGAAGGAGGAGGAUUUGGAGUUGUUGAGGUUGUGGUUUGAGAUGAGGAAAGAUGGGGAAUAGACGCGAACUGGACGGCUCAGGACGGAAAAUUUGACUGUGGGUGCUUGUUGAUGAGGAAUACUGGAGGUAUUAGACGCAUGCUUGCAGAGCUCAUGGAAGUUGCAGCAUCUUCUGGCGUCUACCUUCGUGCGUAUCGACCCGAAUGGGCGAAGCGUCGCCAGCUUGCAGUCUUCCAAUUCUUACUGAGAAAGUGUUGGAUCUUCGAUGGCGUUGUACAUCGUCAUGUUCAUUGACCACAAUUCAGAGAAAAAAGCUGCGAUCUUUCUGAUAGCUGCAGAUGACUCGUACGUUGUUAAGAUAUACUACCAGGAAGUUCGAAACGAAGGGGAAGUCUUCUAGCUUUGCGGACAAACCUCGAUGGGCAGUUUGACCGAGGUUUACCUUCUACCCCACUACUCGAGUGAAAACUUUUACGGCCAUACCAACUAAGCCUCACAUCUCAUUAUCCAGGAUGAAGAUUACCCUGAAGGGACGCAUCACGCCCUCGAACAC